CGUGUGUGUGUGAGUGUGAAAGAGAGUGUAGUCGCCAGGAUGUGUGUGUUGCUCCCACAGAUGAGAGCUUUUACUGGACUUGUUGUCCUACUGGUUACAUCGGCUUAUGGUCUGGACUCCAUGUGUGAUGCUACUCAGGAUGCUACAUGUUAUGGGGCUCUGGGAGGACCUGUGUACCUGCAGCUGAUGAGGAAUGCCAGAGGACGUGAACUGCGCCUCUAUUAUGGCAGUGCAGCUGCUUUUAGAUUCAGAAAAUCCAAGUCAGUGUUCUCUUAUGAGUUCAACACCCCAUCAGUCCUCCAGAGAUGGCAGUUUGUUCCUGAUAACGGGACCAUGAUUAUCAACCCUGCAGAGAGGAGAGACGCAGGAACAUACAGAGUGGAGAUCUAUGAGUCAUCAGGGAAAUUAGUGGGAGUUCACACAGUAGAGCUGACCAUAGAAGCUCCCGUGUCUGAUGUGGACCUGUCAAUCACCUGCUCAGCCUAUGGGGAGAUGAGGGCGAUGUGCUCCUCCAAUGGGGACCGUCCUCAGUACAGCUGGUUUCUGGAUGGGAGGCCUCUGAAUGAAACCUCAACCAAUCAGUGCACAGAGAAGCAGAAGGACUCUCCUCCCAUCUCCACUCCUAGUGGUUCAGCUGGUAGCUGCACAGAUCUCCUGGAGGGAACUCAGGGGAAUCUCACCUGCUCAGCCAGAAACAACAUCAGCAGCACCAGCAAGACCCAACCACUACCCUCCUGCACAACCACCACAUCACCAACACCACCAAAGACAACAACACCACCUGACCCCACCUCUAUCUCCACUGCAGCCAAGACAACCAACAAUGGCGGUGUUUCUCCAGUGUUCAUCAGUGUGUGGUUGGCAGAGAUCAUCAUCCUGACAUCACUGCUGGGAGGGUAUUACCUCUACAUAAGAAACAGGACAACACACACUGCAGGUGAGCGCAAGGACCAGGAGGGUUAA